AUGCUGGCCCUCGCCGGGCUGGCCAUGUUGGCCACUCCCACGCCCGUUGCGCCUGUCCAGCCGCUCACUCGACCCCAUGCGUUCCCCCACAGUCUUCUGCGCCGGCAGAACAAUACCAUCGACCACCCCUGUGCUCGAGUAGCCCGGAUUUACAAUGAAUCCACCCCCAACUUCUACGGCCAGACCCAGGUCCCGGCAGGCUUGGCUUAUGCGUGCAUCACAUCCGUACCUUUGAACGUCGCCUCCGCCAAAAAGCUGCUUCGCCGAUUGCCCGCCUACCUGAACUGGCAGAGCACUCUGACCGCACUGGCCAACCCGCCAGAGGAAUAUGUCCAGAAGGUGCAGCCUCCAGUCGACCUCAUCGCUGGUCUAGGAACCAUCGACGCCAACCUGGAUGCCGGUAAGUAUUCCAACGAGUACGAGUUCGGCUGGGACCUUUACAAGUUGUUCAUCUCCGCCCACGACGGUCAUCUGAACUACGUUCCUGACUCCGUGGGCGCUGUCUUCAACUGGGGUCGACCUGUUCCGCUCGUGUCCGUUUCCGAGGACGGCAAGAAGCUUCCAUCUGUAUUCGCAUAUCCCGACGUUCUGGGCUCGCAAUUCAAGAACAUAUCUUAUACGCCAUCCCCCGUUGUCGAAAUUGACGGACAAGACGUCUUCACCUGGCUCGAGAAUGAGAGCCAGUUCGCGGCACUCCAGGAUCGGGAUGCUCUCUACAACAGCAUGUUCUAUGAGCUGGCUCAGGUUGGUCUUUCCACCUCUGGCAUCGGAACGGGCAUGUUCACUGGAGGUGGUCGCGCCAGAUGGAAGUAUCCGGGCCAUACCACCACUUUAAAAUUCGCCAACGGUACCUCGUUCACAAUGCAAAAUUACGCACGAGUCAUGGCGAACUUCAGGUAUAUCAAGACGGGCGAGGACGUCGCGAAGAAAGUCUUCUAUUAUGGGCCAGCUUUGGCUGGCGCCGAUGAGGAACAGGAAGAAGAAGAUCUUCCUCCUCAGGGACCGUCUGCCGCAGUAGGUCCGGGGUAUCCCACGCCCGUGGUUCCCGGGCCUGCCAACUUGAUCAACGGUUUCUUCAUCGACGCCCCGGGAUAUGAAGAUGUGGCAGUGCUCCACGUGCCAAACUUCGUCGGUGACACCAGUAUCGAAAUCGCUUUCCAGCGGGUUACCCAACAGUUUAUUCCACAGGCGCUCGCUGCGGGCAAGACCAAACUGAUCAUUGAUCUCCAGGCGAACGGUGGAGGAACCAUAUUGCAGGGCUACGACAUGUUUAAGCAGCUAUUCCCCGCCUUGGAUCCAUUUGCCUUGAACCGCUUCCGCGCUAUCGAGCCUGUGGAUCUCAUAGGUCAGUCGUACAGUGCCUGGACCUCACAAUAUCCUAGGUCAGAAUUGGUCAGUGGAUAUGUCAGGCAGUACCAAGCAACCUAUUUUGAUUACCGGUCCGAUAUGACAGCUGAUGGCAGGCCGUUCAGCUCCUGGGAUGAGAAAUUCGGCCCGGUGGAUGCCUACGGAGACAAAUACACCUCAUACCAUCGAUGGAACCUGUCUGAUGUGCACAUUACAUGGAAUUCCGGCGGCAUUUACAUCACUGGAUACGGACCCUUGGCCAAUGUUUCAAGGGUGGCACCUUUCAAGCCCGAAAAUAUCGUUCUGCUUACCGACGGUUACUGUGCAUCAACCUGCUCCAUUUUCAGUGAGCUCAUGACCAAGAUUGCUGGCGUAAAGACCAUCGCAUUUGGUGGUCGAAGCAACAGCGAUCGAAUCCAAGCCGUCGGUGGAGUGAAGGGGACCAACAAUUUCCAAUUCAGCUACAUCCAAAACCUGGCCCAGACAGCCAUGUACCUUGCUCAGGGCGACUUGAAGAAGCAGCUCAACAACUCUGUGCUGAGGGACUACUACGAUGAUAUUGUUUUCUACCGCGCUGCAUCCACCCCUGGUGUCAACGUUCGGGACGGCAUCCGAGCCAAUGAUUCAUCUGGAGUCGCUUUGCAGUUUGUGUAUGAGGAGGCCGACUGCCGCCUCUAUUACACACCCGAGAUGACUGUCGAUGUCACGGCCAUCUGGAAGGCAGCGGCUGAUGCGCAAUGGCGUGACAGAGGGAAGUGCGUCGGCGGUAGCGGCUACGGCAAGCGCGCUGCCCGAGAGAAGACGAUGCGGUUGAGCCGCAGGAGGACAACGGUUUCGCAGGCUGCAGCACUUGCACAGCUCGAAGCGUUCGAACGGACUUUCAAGCUUGAGACGGAUUGCCGCCUGAGUGCUGACGGAUUCAUGCAGCCAUGA